UUCAUGUUCAUGUGUAUGUGCUACUUCUCAUGCAUAAAAUGCUUCAUCAUCCAACACUGAAGAUUUGAAUUAUUUCAUCGUAUAUUUGAUCACACUUUGUGCAUGUAGUAGACAAUAGUAAUAUUUUUUAUUUUAACAAAAUGAUUUUUAUCGCAAGGUUGAAGAGAAAACUCAUUACUGUAACAACAUUUUUUUUAACUACGGAGAUUUAGGUCUCUUAUCGUUAGAGAAGACUUCAGAUUAAGAAAAGGGGGGAAAGAAGAGAGUGGUUCUUUUGCUCGUUAAAUUGGGCGAUUCGAAUUUGAGAAGGGCACAGUGAAAACUGAAAAGGGUUUUGUUGUUUAUAAUAAUAAUAUUGCGGUUGUUUGUUCCAAUUCCUAUCGCGAAGCAGAAGAAUAAAGAAAAAUGAUGGUGAAAGCAAUCCAACUUCAGACAUGUGGAUUGGUUAGUCAACGAUGGAGUUUCAAACCCCGCAUAGUCUCAUCCUUCUCCUCAUUUCCCCCAAUUCCAUAUCCUAACCCUUAUUUCAAACUUCUUCCCACCAACACCGUCCCUCGCAGGGUUCGAUUCGCGCCAUUUCACGCUUCCUCGUCGCCGCUUCCUUCUGCCGGAAAUGUUCGAAACAUCAAGUUCUGUCAGUGGUGUGGUGGUUCCACGAAGCAUGAUAUUCCCGAGGGGGAAGAAAAGUUGAGAGGCAUAUGCACGGUUUGUGGGAGGAUUGCGUAUCAGAAUCCGAAGAUGGUAGUUGGCUGCCUCAUUGAACAUGAUAACAAGGUCCUCCUUUGCAAGAGGAGUAUACAACCAUCUCAUGGCCUUUGGACCCUUCCUGCUGGUUAUUUGGAAAUUGGAGAGUCGGCUGUGGAAGGUGCCAUCAGGGAAACAAGGGAAGAAGCAAAUGCAGAUGUAGAAGUAAUUUCUCCAUUUGCUCAAUUGGAUAUUCCGUUAAUUGGCCAAACUUAUAUGAUAUUCUUAGCAAAGCUGAAGAAGCCCCAUUUUUCUCCUGGUCCAGAAUCAUCAGCUUGUCAACUGUUUCCACUUGAUGAUAUACCUUUUAAUUCUCUAUCCUUUUCAUCAAUGGUGGUUACCUUAAGUUUGUAUGUUGAGGAUAUUAAGGCUGGAAAGCUCAAAUUCCAUUACGGAACUAUUAACAAAAGGCCGGGUACAAGUCCUUCUGAUAUUUAUGCCUAUACACUGGAUCAACAUAUGCAUUCAUGAGUCAUGAUAAUCAGGAACAAUAUAUUUUUCAAAUGGGCUUUUGGCGAGCUAUGGGAGUCGGAUAUCAGUCAUUUGAUAUGUGAAUAUGAUAAUAUGGAUUUUGUAUCCGAUUGGAAGGGGGCCACUGUUGCUCUCCAUAGUUACGAGAAGUUUAUGAUAUCAUGCAACGAAACUGGACGUGUCAUGUUGCAUACAUCCCGCGUGAAGCAAACGAAGUAGCAGACAUUGGGGCUCGAAACACCUCCACCGGGAGCAGUUCUAUGUAGUUUUUUUUAAAACAGCAAGGGAAAGGUACUAAAAUAUCCAGGCACAAAAUUAAAUGGAAACCUGGUGCCUUUGAGUCGUGUUUUCAACUAAAUGGAAUAGCCGAAAGCCUCUGUUGUGUAAGGGAAGUGAAGGAAAGAAAAAGACUAGAAAUUGGAAAGUAAGAAUUUUUUUUAGAUCUCUUAAUAAGAGGGAAAAUGAAAGAUUUUUUUUUUUUAUCUUUUUGUUUAGUUGUAUAGAAAGGGAAAAAAUAUGAACUAUAUAUGUAUGCGAAGUUUUCAUAAUUAAAGAAUGAAAUGUGACAAAUAAUUUUUCCAUAAAAAUUACAUGCAGAAGAAUAGUUU